AUGACGGAUGAGCAGCUAUCGAUUGCUAUAUAUCAAGUUAUAGAUUCUCUUUCCUUCAUGCAAACCCAUGAGGUAGAUAUCGAUUUUCGGGUCCACAGUAAAGCCACCGUAGACACCCUAAGGUCGUUGCAGACAGAGCAGCGGAAUCGCAUAGAAAAGGACUUUGGCCCACGCCCACCUUCACCAGAUUUCCUUGCAACGCAGCUUCUGGCAACUUACCGUGGUGAGGCUGCGUCUCUCCAGCUUGCUAAGGAGUCUGGGGACCCGCACUAUCCGACCGCUAUAGAAACGAUGUCUGCUACACAAUGCCGAACUUUCAAGAAAGAAAUGAAGCAGCGUAUUCAUGAAUGGGAGGGAGCUGUACGAGAGGCAAUCGGGCAGAGUGAGGUGCCCACACAACAGAAGGCCAUGCUUCGCUCUAUUUAUGAGCUCUACAAAGCCAGUAAGAGUAAGGUCGUGAUGCUAGACUCUCAGCAGCCUCAGCAGGCACACCUCAGUGGGCGCAGAUCUGCGGCUGGAAGUCUUGAUGUUUUUGAAACCUCACGUUCCAUGCCUCCAAGUCAACGUGGGAGUCUUUUGAAUGACAACUCUGUGAUAUCAGCCGAACCGUUCUUGUUGCAGUCCGAAGACUCCGGGACGAUUGGGGGCGUUCCUUCAGGCAGUGGCCAUCUUCAGUCUGGUGGUGCCGAGUCACUCCAACGGGGGUCCGUCCCUUUGGGCACAGGAAGGCCGGCGCGUGGCAGUGGGCCACAGUCAAGCGCGGCCUCCCCUGGCGCUUCCUCAUCGUCCGUACCGAUCCGCGGGGAAAAGAUCAAUUUGCCUCGGGUGCAUCUUGGAACGACGCCGCCUGACCUACUGUCGACUGCAGAGCUUCAGAUUGAGAAACGACAUAUUAAGCAGGUUUUACAUCGGUUUGAGACAGAAUUUCUCCAUGCGUAUGGGGAGCCCCCGAACCGUCAUGACCGCCGUAAUUUCUCAGCGGAAUACCAUCGGUAUGGUGCACUGAAGAACGAACUAGCUCGUCGGACAGGAGUAAAUGAGAGCGCAAUCGUAAGCUCUCAAGUGAAUUCUAAAGAUGAGCGGGUGGAGAGGAGCAAAUAA